AUGUCAACAUCUGAAACGGCCUCGUCACAAUCAAUAACGCCAUCAUCUACCAUGUCAACACCUGUAACGGCCUCGUCACGAUCAAUAACGCCACCAGCUACCAUGCCAACACCUGUAACUGUCUCAUCACAAUCAAUAACGACAUCGUCAGCCAUGUUCACAUCAGUAACAGUAACAUCAGUUACUAUAUCGACACAAUCAACAACACUUCCAUCUACCAUGUCAACACAAGUAACAGUCUCGUCACUUUCAACCAACCCUUUUACAAUAUCAUCUUUAUUUACAUUACCAUCAAAAUCAAUUUCAACGAUGCCAUCAUUAAAGGAAAUAUCGUCAGGGUCAAUAUCACCGUCAUCGUCAAUCUCAAUACAAGACACAAAAAUGUUAAAAGAAAUUACAUCCUCUUGUUCAAUGCCAUCGACAGUUACAGUAUUGUCAAAAUCAGUUACAUUCUCGUCUAUAAUAUCACCACAAGUUCCACUAGUAUCAAAGAUAAUAUCAUCCUCUUCUACAUCUCUUUUGAGCACGAUGACGUCAAAGUUAACCACCGUUCCGGUAUAUUCUGCUUCUUCGUCAAUGCCAACCCCGCUUACUGAUGAAACAACAACAGGUACUUAUGGUGUACAAAACAGUACGCUGUACAAUGCGAAAGAUACCGAUUCUACGUCACGUGGCCAAAUUUACGUAACUGCCUCAACAGACAAUGUGUCAAAAGAAGAUUCCAUUAAUUCAGGCACAAUCCAUUUUGACUUUUUCCUCGGCUCAAGUAUCUGUUGCAUUUUCCAGAUGUUUCAUAUCCUUUGGCUGAAACUUUGAGUACCUCUAAGUAUAUGCUCGAAUCUCCCAUGGACAAUUAAAGAGACUCCAAAAUCUAGCUUGGGUCACAUACAGACAAAUCAAACAACUUGUCCCUAACCGCACUGUAUUCAAAUUCAGUUAAUGACUUUGGAUACUUUCUUUUAGCUUACGGAAGGUCAGAUGUUAUUCUCAGGUGCCUGCUCAUGUCUGACUCAUAAGUCACAAUAUGCCACCUGACGUCAUCAUCCACCAGAUAAGCUAGAAGGUCGCCAUAUCAGACCAUAUGUCGGAAUGACAACACCAUACAAAAAAUCAUAUAGCCCCGAUACUUUCAUGUACAUGGCAACAAAUGUAUAUUCUUUUAACAUGAUUUUAGCAGUACAUGUAUUGAGUCUGAAAUACUCGACAAAACAUAUCACAUAUUUAGUUAAUAACGCAUUAUCUUUGAGUUUACUAUCAUUACCAUUUCUUUCUAUCUUUCAUUUGUUCUUUCUUUCUACUCGUCUAUUUAUUUUUAUACUGUUAAACUAAGAUUUCAUUUUACAUGAUAUAUUUUUAUACAAAGGGCGUUGCAGUUAAUACAUAAACAAAUCAUUUGUCCAUCUUAAAUUUCUACUUAAGUAAAGCAUGCGGAGUUGUACUUAUUCGCACAGCAAAAGGUAAUUAAACUGUUGCUAAAUAAUGAUCUUAAUUUUCGAUUUUGUUUUUAACUGUUACUAUGAUUAAGCAAUAGCUCAAGCUAACUAUGAAAACUGGUCAAUGAUAUGCAUGGCGUUUACAUUUUGGGUUGUUAACACUUAAGGUGUCAUGGUUUCACGGGGUUUUCAUUAAACUUUGUCAGGAUGUUCAUACCAAUUUUAUAAUUUAUCUUUGAUGAGAAUUUUUAAAUAUGGAUCAACUUGGGACCAGAUCGAAUAGAAUAAUAACAUUUAAUUUACACUCACCGAAUUUUAUCAGAAUGUCUCAAUGAUAUACCAGCAUGUUUGAAUAAGAAUUAUUUUAGCUCAAAAACUAAGUCACCAGAUCAUAUAGAAACAAAUACAAAAAACUUGCUAACAUACUAAAAAUCACAAUUUUAAUUUGAUCUCCAAAAAAUUUUGGCGAAUUAUUUAUUUUGAUUAUAUAUCAUGUGGUAUUGAAUAUGAGUCAUCUUGGAUCAUAUUUGGUAAAAAUGUAUAUCGCCAGGCCACAAUGUUGAUUGAGUUUCACGAAAACAAGUCCGAUUGGAAUCAAAAACAUGAUUGCCAGGUCAAAGUCGAGAAAACCUUGUUAACACAAUAGAGGUCACGAUUUUGUUACAAUGUUUGUUUCAAUGAUAUACAAGUUAUGCUUAAAAAAUGGGAAUCUACGGUCAAAACAAGCUCUCAAGAUUAAAUCAAAAAAGAAAAAUGUCCCUAUUCUAAAGUUUGCAAUUUUUACUAGGCCUGCAUCGAUUUUGGCAGAAUGUUCCUCUCAGUGAUAUGCAUAAGUGGGGUUUAAAUUUGACAUAAUUUUGAUCAUCUUGGGUCAAAAAGUAGGUCAUAAGAUCAAAUCAAAGGAAAGCCAUGCAAAACCAUGCUAUCCCAUCGAAAAAUCAUUGUUUUCUUAGGAAUUGAUCAUACUUUUCUUCCAGGAUGUCUAUAGUAAACUUGAAUUAGAUUCACGUGAGCAAAUGAGAGUCACCAUAGCCCGGCCUCUUGUUUUGUAAUGGUUUGCAGAACUGAUAAGUAUAUCCAUAAUUAACUGAUGAUAUGUUGAUGAUGUGUUCAUUAAAAAAUAAACGUUACAUUAUUUUCAUUCUUAUCCGAUAAUACAUUUGUAUAAACGGUAUAAAGGUAUAAAGCACGUUGAAAUGGCAUUCGUUUCGAUGUCAUUCUUUGCAACUUCGGAUAAUCAUAAAGAAGAAGCGAGCGAAAAUAAAAUAAAAGUUUUUGUAAAUAUUACAUAUAACUUGAACUUUUGUCUUAUAAUAGUGCAUUUAUUUUUUCAUUGUUUAAAAGAGUCAUAAAAAUGUACAUAUAUCUCUUUAAUAAAACGCAUACACAUGUACUCAUGACAAAUAAACCAGUAUCUAAUUAAAGAUAUCUUUACGUGUCUUCUUCAUUCAUUGGUCUUCAACGAAUUGUUCUCCAACCAGAAAAUGUUGAUGUUGUAGAAUCAGUACCAAAGGGUUAUAUUCUGAUUCACUCUGGUUAUUUCUCAGCAUUUUCAGUUGGAAAUAUAUUUUGGAAAUAAACGGCGAGAUAGAGAAGAAAAUAUUACAGAAAUAAACUCAUUUUCCCAAUAGCUUCCAUUCAAACAUAAGAUUCUAGUGUCGGAAGGUGUUUAUCUCCAAGAUACGAUGAUCAAUAUUGAAGGUUUAUAUUUGGAUCACAAUGGAAUAUAAAACGGGUAGUUUCCUACGCAAGAGGUUUCGCUAAACCAAAGAAUGCUCUGAAUAAAUAUUGGAAAUUGAUACUAUCAGAAACAGAUACAUACUGUAUGUAUACUUGUCACACAUUUACCAUCAGAAGGAAUUUUAGACUUAUAGUGGAGCGGAAAAUAAGGUAUCUCCUGUCAAAAUAGUGCAAAUUGUGAUACAAGCAUGAAACUUUCAGGAAAUCAUCUUU